GCAAAUUUUUUUUAUAUGCUGGUGACGAAGUGGUUGUCAUUGUGAGUUCACGUCCGUGUGCCUGUAUGUGUGUGAACUUGUGUUGAUUUUGUCCGUGCGGGGGAGCGAGACAGCUAGAAAGGGGGCAGCGGUGGGGGUCUUCAGCCACAGAGUUUCGAUUUUCCAUCCAUAUAUCUACACUCGCAGCGGAAAAAGAGAGUGAGCUAAUGUGAGAGAGAGGAGCGCCCCGUCUGGUCUGGGUACAUUUUACCACACUGCGUCUUUGUCUGCCGUCGAGUCGGGAUCUCCGCGUCUGCAUACAUACAAUAUUUUAUUGCUGGUUUUGGUGGUAAAUUUGCAUUGUUAACGGCCGCGGCCAGACGUGCCCCGCUUCUUUAACACACACGUCUCUCAAAUGAAUACCGAUCAUCAAGUGUUUUCCCCUAUAUUGACUCUCGUAUAUAGCCAAAUGUAAAAAAAAAAAAACAAAAUAAAAAUAAUAAUAAAAAAGAAAUCAACAAAUAGCGAUACUGAUACCGAAAGCAACUAAAACGAAAGUGUAUACUAAAUACAAGCCCGUAUGUACCACAUAAGACUGCCAUCUGCCCUUUGCGUUGCCGUGCCGUUGACACUUUUGUAUCUGGCUGUAUUCGUAUCUGUAUCUCAAACUCACUGACCAACUACUGCAAGCGCAACUGCAAAUGCAAAUGUAAUCUGCAAACUGCAAACUGCACACACCUGAAUCUCAGCUCAGCUCAACUUUUAAACGUUUAAUCCUCGAACUGCCUACAAAACCAACCAACCUAUCAGCCAACCAGAACCAAUCAACAAACCAACCUAUCAACGGUCUACCGCAACUGGCAAACCAAACGGCUUUAGUUUCUGAGUGAAUAAAAAAGAAAAAGCCCAAAAGAAAGCUCUCGUCCAAACGAAAGUCGAAUAGCAACAUCAGCGGCAGCCGCAGCAGCAACAACAACAGCCACUGCAAUUGCAACACACGCAGCAGCAGCAGCAGCAUGCUCAACUCAAAUGCCAGCAGCGGCAACUUGGGCAACGGCAACAACAUCAGCAUCAUAACCACCAACAACAAUCAUGGGGGCAGCAGCCGUCGACCCUUUUCCCGUAAUUCCUCAUCGGUCCGCUCGCAUCGCGGCGGUGGGGGCGGAUUGGGUAGUCGUAUGCUCUACUCGCCACACCCACAUCAGCAUGCCCACUCGCAGCAGCAGCAACAACAACAACAACAGCAGCAGCAACAACAAGGGCAGCAGCGAUCCAGCAGCAACAACAUCACUCUUUUACCUGGACACAGUCCCUGGUGCAACGUCAAUUUGAACGGCAGCAACGGCAACAACAACGGUGGCAACAACAACAAUAACAACAGCAACAACAACAACAACAGCAACAAUGUCAAUAACAAAGAUGCAAACCCAAAUUGCGAUGUACAAACAAGUAAUUCUAGCGGAACUUGUAUUUAUAACAAUAGCAAAGCGCAUCAUCAUCACAACAACAGCAACAACAAUGGUCACACUCAGAGCCACAGUCACACUAAUCACCCCCAUUCUCCACACACCCCCACCAUUCACCAACCCCACCCUCAAAUGCACACCCACCACCCGCAUUCAAGUCCACCUCAGCAGUAUAACAGUUACCGCCAAUAUCCACCGCAUUCCCCGAACUCCCCACACAGCAACGGUCAUACUAACAGCAACAACACUAGCAACAAUCCAAGUAGUCAGCGUCCUCCUCAACAGCCUUAUGGUAGUACUGUCCAUGGCAAUCAAAACCAGAAUUCCUCCUAUCCCAGUUACUACGAGAUGUGUCCGGGAAGUAGUGGAUCACAGACCCACACCUAUGGAUCCAUGUCCGUUUCCCUGGUGAGACUGAAUCCCGCCCGUUUGUGCCUAACGCUAGGACCUGCCACGCCACCAUCCCAGCGCGUAGUAUCCUUCAGCCAUAGAUCCAAUUCCAAUUCCAGUUCCAACUCCAGUUCCAGUUCCAAUUCCAGUGAUCAGAAUCAUUAUAGCCCACCGCCACGUAGUCAGUACCAUCAUCCCAAUCCACAUCAGUACCAAUACCAGUACCAUCCGCAACAACAGUACCAUCCAUUGCAUAACCCACAGCAACAGACUAAUCGCCAAUCCCUCCCGCUAACACGAACGAAUUCAAAUUCAACCAACGCAACAACUUUCAAUUCAACCAAUCCAACAACAAAUAGUAAUCCUACUGAUGUUGUGAAUGUAAAUUCUUGUACCGAUAUAAUUCCUCAUGGGUCUUCGUCUUCGUCUGCGUCGUCGAUGCUGCCCCAACAACCACAACAACAACAACAAAUUAAUAACGCAUCCGCACCCAUCAAUAGCCACAGCCAGGGACAGGGACCAGGAAACUCACCCAAUCUUGGCCACAACCAUCAGCGUGGCUACAACAACAACAACAUCAAUAUCAACACCCGUGGUAUCGGGAAUGGACUCGGUAAUGGUAAUACCAACGGACCACCCGAAUAUAUGAACUACCGUCGUGGCCUAUGUCCUGCCCUAUCACGGGACUACUCUGGCAAUGGCAACGGACACGGCCACAAUGGACGUCGCUAUAUGUCCGAUCAUCUCAAUAACGCCUCCUCAUCCAACGGCCUCAUCAAUAACGGACACCAUCAGCGCAACUACAACGAUAGGAACUUGAAUAACCACUUUGGAAACUCUGAUCAGGGUGGACCGGACCAUCGGGACAGAGCUGAGGGCUCGUCGUACAACUUUAUCCGCAAUGGAGGUGGUAGCGGAGGAGGGUACGGGCGCAAUGGAUCGCAUUACCAGCACAUGUCUUAUGGAAACAAUAAUGGUGCCUCCACAUCCUCCGGUGGGCAAGGGCUAAUGGGAGAAUUGCCUUCAGGAUCAGGUCUAUCGGGUUCUUCGCUAUCGCUGAACAACGGACCCGGCGGCCUCAACUCGGACAGUCCGUCACGAAAGCGUCGCCGCAUAUCCGGAAGGCCCCAGAACGGACCGCAGCCACAGCACCGCUGUCUUAUGGCCCACCAGAUGCAGCAGGGAAGUCCUCCACUUCGACGUCCACGAUUGCGCGAUGUGGCCACCUCCACGCAGCAGCAACAGCCGUACGGCCAGCAGGUUCACCAUCCUCAGCAGCAGCCUUCUAACUACCACCCGAUGCACCACCAUCAACCCCAAACCCACUACGUCCCUCAGCAGCAGGUGCCACCGCCUCAUGUCCAACGUUCGCCGUGGGAUUUAGGCAGCAGUGGAGGAAGCACCAGUGGAGCAACCUCCAGCAGCUCGGUGGGUCCCAUUCUGCAGCAGGUGCAGGCGCCUCCGCAGCCACCGAGUCACCAGCAAACGGUGGGCUAUCCACCGGCACCACCACAGCCUGCCUCCCUUAUGGUGGACCUUAAUUUGAAUCAGGUGCCUGUGAGUCUCCAGUUGCGUCCGUCGGAACCCUUCUGGGCCUCUUUCUGCACGUAUCCAAUUCCGGCGCAGGCUAGGUUGGCUCCAUGCCACCUGCAUGGUGUCUACACGCAGCCCUUCCCCACCGCCCCGCCACCCGGAUUGGCUGCUCCGCCGCUCCAACAACAACAUCAGCCACUUAUACAAGCCCAGCAAAUGAUAGCCCAGGCCACGUUGACCGCCCAGCAGCAGCAGCGUGAGGUGGUGGCCAUUACGACGACCAAUCUGGGACCCAUUGACGCUCCCGGUGCCCAUGGCCAUCCUCACGCUCAUCCACAUGCUCAUCCGCAUCCUCAUCAACUGCCGCCGGGCAUCCACAUCACCCCUCUGAGUGGAGCUGCGGCAGCGGCUGCCACACACCACCUACAUUCCACGGCGGCAGCUGCAGCGGCCGUUGCCGCUCAGGCCAGCGCCCAGAUGUCUGCCGGGCCGCAGCAGAUCAUCAUUUCGUCGGAUCGCCGCACAUUCCCGCCCCACCGCCGCAUACCGCGCUUCUGGCCGGCUAACCAUGGUCAUCGUCAUGUCCUGCCGCCCCAGUCGCUCGCCGCCCACCAGGCUCCGGUGCAGAUCCAGGCCACCUCGGGCAUUAUCAACCCGGGCUUCUUGCUCAACUUCCUGGCUAUGUUCCCGCUAUCGCCUUACAACCAACAUGAUCUAAGCUCCGGCGACACCAAUGAAACGGAGAACUAUGAGGCAUUGCUCAGUUUGGCCGAGCGAUUGGGCGAAGCCAAGCCAAGGGGGCUCACCCGCAAUGAGAUUGACCAAUUGCCCAGUUACAAAUUCAACCCGGAGGUGCACAACGGCGAUCAAUCAUCCUGCGUUGUUUGCAUGUGUGACUUUGAGCUGCGUCAGCUUCUGCGCGUCCUUCCCUGCUCCCACGAAUUCCAUGCCAAGUGUGUGGACAAAUGGCUGCGGUCGAAUCGCACUUGCCCAAUUUGUCGUGGCAAUGCCUCCGACUAUUUCGAUGGCGCCGAUCAGCAGCAACAGGCGCAGGCAACAGCCGGAGCUGCGGCUGCACUAAGCAGCACAUCCGGGGGAAAUGCUGGAGUGUCGGGAUCAUCUGCGGCAACGACUGCCACCGCCAAUCCUCAGCAAAGCCAGGCGGCCUAGACCCCUAAUCAUAUUCCACAACACCUCUCCAGCUUUGGCUUUUCCGGGCGAUGAGUGGACAAGGUGAAGGAGUUCAUCGGGAUGGAAAGUUGGCCAGAGGCGGGGGACCCUCCCACCACCGCCAUCACUUGAUGUAACGCGCAACGAAUCCAACUGCCAAACCGUCGACGCUUCCUCCUCAGCUGUAAGCCCCCGCCCACCUGGCCAAAAAUAUGAUAGAACCAACCCGCUCCUUCCCUCAACCACGCCCUCGCGCAACUUGACGCCUCUUCAAUAGCUUGUCUUAGACAUUAGUUUGUAUGUGAGUAAUGGUAACCGUAAUUAGGAGUAACCCAUAUAUGCAUACCACCAAGAAUUCAACUAUAGUUAAACAGCGUAUAUAGAAUAUAUAUAUAUAUAAAUAUAUAUUUGUGUGUAUAGAGAAAGAUAAAGCCGUAAAACAAGUGUCUGUAUAUAAGCCAAGAUUUGCACAAAAAUUCAUAAUAGAUUUUCUUUGCCUUUCACACUCGAGGAUACCCUAUAAUCCAUAAAAAAAAAAACAAC